CCAGAUCUCAUUGGUGCCCACGGUCCCUACAUGAUGGAGGCUUUGGUGACAGGAGAAAUCUGAUUGGUCCUGUUUGUUCUGUAUAUAGUGAUGUAGUCUACCACACAUAACUCACCUCUCUGUUUUACACCAUAGACUCAGGAUUACGGUAUUUACAACAUGAGACCCAGGAGGACAAGCUGAAGAGGGAGGCAUCAGCUGGUGAGCUUGAGUUGAAGAUGGAAAAAGAAUUAAAAGAGAUAUUAAGACAGGAGAUGAUGAAACAACUAGAGGAGAAAGACACACAACUGGAUGUUAUGACCCAGGAAGUGAGAGAGAAAGAGAGACUCCUGGAGGAGAAGAACCAGAUAAUGGGACAGAGGGAGAAACUAUUAGAAGAGAAAGAAAACCAACUGGAAGAGAAAGACAAUCAACUAAAGGAUAGAGACAUUCAGCUAGAGGCACUGAGAAAGAACCUGCAGGACAAGAACAGCCAAGUAGAGAACUUCAGAGUCCUACUGCAGGAAAAAGACCUUCAACUAGAGGACAGCAACCACAGACUGGGAGAGAAGGACAGAGUACUGGAAGAGAGAGACAGACUACUGGAGGGAAAAGAAAAUGAACUAAAAGAGAGGAGGCAGGAAGUAGAAGAGAAAGAUAACCUACUAGAGGAGAGAGAGAAGCAGUUAAAGGAAAGAGACAAACAGCUGGAGGAUGUCAACAAUGAAAAUGCUGAACUGGCUCAACAGAUAUGUGAUGUGAAGACUGAGGUAGAGAGACUGAGAAGAGAGAUCUCAGCCCAGAUGACUGAACCUGGAGAGACGUCAGAUACAGGUUCCAUACUCCCAGUCAGGAGGAGACACAGCAUGGAUGAUCCUCCAUACAUGGGAGGAGAGACCUCAGAUACAGACCCCACACUUCCACUGAGGAGGACAAACAGCAUGGAGUUACAUCCUCCAGAGAUGGGAGGAGAGAGCAGCAGUCCAGACUCCCCAGUGUCUCCCAGUGUGUCUGAGCUGAGACUGGUGCUGCUGGGGAGGACUGGGGCUGGGAGGAGUGCAGCAGGAAACACCAUCCUGGGCAGAGAGGAGUUUGGGGCCCAGGCCAGCCCCUCUGCAGUGACCCAGAGGAGUAAGAGGAGAGAGGGGGAUGUGUGUGGGAGACGGCUGGUGCUGGUGGACACUCCAGACUGGUUCUGUCCUGGACUCUCUCUGGAGGAGAUGAGACAGGAUGUGGGGCUCUGUGUCCGUCUGUCUGCCCCGGGACCCCACACCUUCCUCCUGGUCAUACCAGUGGAGCCCUCUAAGGGGGAGGAGAGAGGGGUGCUGGAGAGAAUAGAGGAGAUGUUUGGGGAGGGUUGUUGGGAACACACUGUGAUUCUCUUCACCCAUGAUGAUGGCCUGAAAGAGCAGAGCAUUGAGGAGUUUCUCCAAGCAGGAAGUCAGGACCUCCAGCAGCUUGUAGAGAAAAGUGGGAGCAGGUACCACGUCCUCAAUAUUAAGGACAGGGCCCAUGGCAAUCAGGUAUCAGAGCUGCUGGAUCAGGUAGAGGAGAUGGUGGCAGGAAACAGAGAGAGAUUCUACAGCAGUCAGACCUACCAGGAGGCAGAGACCCAGGUUAGAGAGAUGGAGGGAAAGAUCCAGAGAGAGAGAGGAGAGAGGAAACAGAGGGAGGAGAGAGACUUGAGAGAGAGGCUUGAGAAGGAGUUGCAUGACUCUCUGAUAAAGAUAAAGGGAGUGAUCCAGGAACAUGAGGGAGAUAUCAGAACACUCAGUGAAAGAACCAGUGAACUGGAGAGACAGGUGAAAGAAGAGAGGGAUGAGGAGAAGAAAAGACAGCUGGAGAAGGAGCUGAAGAGGGAGUCUGAUAGGAGGGAGGAGAUGGAGAGAAAGAUGGAGAGAUUUAGAGAGAAGACAGAGAAUGAGAGGAGGGAGAUGGAGGAGAGACACAGACAGGAGAUAGAGAUGAUGGAGAACUAUGAAGGAGAGGCCAGAGUUGAAGCAGAGAGAAACAUGAUGAAGAUAGUCCUACCUGAGUUACAGAGGAACAUGAUGAUCUCACAGACAAAGAUGCAGAGGGAGUUCAGCAGACAGAUGGAGGAGAAGAAUAGACAGAUGAAGGAGAAGAAUAGACAGAUGGAGGAGAAGAAUAGACAGAUGGAGGAGAAGGAUAGAGAGAUAAAGAGACUGAAACAGAACUCAGAGGAGGUCUAUGUAGCCAGUGGGAUGAGCAGGCAACAUGUACAACAAGAGACAAGAGGAAUUAGAGGAGGAAGAGAGGGAAGAAGGAUGAGUUGGAUGAGACAAUUGUUUUGUGUAGUGGUUAGAGAGGAGACUAGUUAGAGACAACUGUUUUGUGUAGGGGUUAGAGAGGAGACUAGUUAGAGAGACAACUGUUUUGUGGAGGGGUUAGAGAG